AUGCAGGGAGCCCAGGCGCUGCUGCUGCUGCCACUGCUGCUGCUGGGCCUCAGGCUACGGCUGACCCUUGGCAUCAUCCCAGAGGAGGAGGAGAACCCGGACUUCUGGAACCAAAAAGGAAAUGAGGCCUUGGCAGCUGCUAAGAAGCUGCAGCCCAUUCAGACUGCGGCCAAGAACCUCAUCCUCUUCCUGGGGGACGGGAUGGGGGUGUCCACGGUGACCGCCACCAGGAUCCUGAAGGGGCAGAUGCAGGGCCACCUGGGACCAGAGACGCCUCUGACCAUGGAUCGAUUCCCAUACAUGGCGCUGUCCAAGACCUACAGUGUGGACAGACAGGUGCCAGACAGCGCAAGCACAGCCACCGCAUACCUAUGUGGGGUCAAGACCAACUACAAGACCAUCGGUGUGAGCGCUGCCGCCCGCUUUGCCCAGUGCAACACAACCUGGGGCAAUGAGGUCACCUCUGUGAUGUACCAGGCCAAGAAAGCAGGGAAGUCUGUCGGAAUCGUGACCACCACCAGGGUCCAGCACGCCUCGCCGGCAGGCACCUAUGCACACACCGUGAACCGCAACUGGUACUCGGACGCCGACAUGCCCGCCUCAGCGCGCCAGGAGGGCUGCCGGGACAUCGCCACGCAGCUCGUCUCCAACAUGGACAUUGAUGUGAUCCUGGGUGGGGGCCGGAAAUACAUGUUUCCCUUGGGGACCAGAGACCCUGAGUAUCCAGAUGAUGCCAACUCCACGGGAGCCAGGCAGGACGGGAAGGACCUGGUGCAGGAGUGGCUGUCCAAGCACGAGGGCUCUCAGUACGUGUGGAACCGCACAGAGCUGCUCCGGGUGUCCCAGGACCCGUCCGUGACCCGCCUCAUGGGCCUUUUUGAGCCUUCUGACACAAAAUUUGAGAUCUCCCGAGACCCUGAGCUGGACCCGUCCCUGGCGGAGAUGACAGAGGCAGCCCUGCACGUGCUGAGCAGGAACCCCAACGGCUUCUACCUCUUCGUGGAGGGGGGCCGCAUCGACCGUGGUCACCACGAGGGCUCAGCCUACCGAGCACUCACCGAGGCGGUCAUGUUCGACUCUGCCAUCGACAAGGCCGGGCAGCUCACCAGCGAGCAGGACACCCUGACCCUCAUCACCGCCGACCACUCCCACGUCUUCACGUUCGGGGGCUACACCCUGCGGGGGACCUCCAUCUUCGGGUUGGCCCCUCGCCUGGCUGAGGACGGCAAGACCUACACCUCCAUCCUAUACGGCAACGGCCCAGGCUACGUCGGGGACAAGGGUCCCCGGCCCAAUGUCACCGCGGAGGAGAGCGGCAACCCCACCUACCAGCAGCAGUCGGCAGUGCCUGUGCAAUCGGAGACCCACGGCGGCGAGGACGUGGCGGUGUUCGCGCGCGGCCCGCAGGCGCACCUCAUGCACGGCGUGCAGGAGCAGAGCUACAUCGCGCACCUCAUGGCCUUCGCCGGCUGCCUGGAGCCCUACACCGCCUGCGGCCUGCCGCCGCCCGGCCACAGCGCAGCCACGGACGCCCCCGCGGACGCCAGCGCGGACGCUGCGCCGCCUUCCCUGGCGCUGUUGGCCGGGACCGCGCUGCUCCUGCUGGGGGAGACCGCUGCGCCCUGA